AUGGCGAUUCUUGAAGCCACGCUCGCUCUCCUCCUCCUCCUCCUUGUAGCACCGGCGGCCGGCUCCGACCACGCGCUCGCCGCGUCCUGCUCCGGCGCGGGCAGCUUCGCCGCCGACAGCCCCUUCGCCAGCAGCCUGCGCCAGCUGAUGUCGCUCCUCGAGACCAAGGCCCCGGGCAUCGGGUUCGACAUCGGCAGCUCCGGGGGCGUGCACGGCCUGGCGCUCUGCCGCGGCGACGUCGCCAGGGCGACGUGCGCCGAGUGCAUCCGCGCCGCGGGCGCCCAGGCCCGGCGCCUCUGCUCGUCCAAGAAGGACGCCGUCGUCUGGCUCGACGCCUGCAUGCUCCGCUACUCCGACGGGCACUUCUUCGGCGAGGUCGACGCCGACCACAGUGCCGUCGUGCCGGGCGGCGUCCAGGGCGCGGCGAGGUCGGACGAGUUCGAUAACGAGGUCGCCGGCAUGAUGAAGAGGCUCACGAGGACGGCGUACCUCUCGCCGCUGCUGUUCGCCGCCGGGGCGGCCGAGGCGGUCGCCGGGACGCGGAGACUGCACGGGCUGGCCCAGUGCACCAAGGACCUGUCCGGUGGGGACUGCAAGCUGUGCCUGGAAGCCGCCAUUGGUAAGCUGCUGGCGAGAGGGUGCGCCAAGGAGGGAGGGAUGGUGUUAGGCGGAAGCUGCAGUUUGAGAUACGAUUUGUAUCCCAUUUUUGAUUCCUAG